AUGGAUGCCGAGGCAACGGUUCCAGAGGUGCCAGCCACUGAGGAGGCCGCCGCGGACGUGCCAGACGACGAGGUCCUUGCCGUGGACCCAACGCAGGCCAUCCCGGUGGAAAUUCCUUCGGCCGCCUCCGUCGUGCCUACCUUGGUCGUACCACGCUCGUUGAGCCGUUGCCGUCCGCCCCUCGUCGUCCAGCCUCCCCGGUCGUCACUGUCGCUACUCGCGGUCGCUGUAAGUAUGCCCGCAGCACCGCGGUCCCAAAGCUCGACGACAUUGACUGAGCUUGCAGCGGUCGAGGCUAUAGCUACUGACGGAACCACCUCAUCCGAUGAUCUCGAGGAGUUAUAUGCCAGUCUUCACGAAGAAGGAGGCAGCUCGGCCUCGGCCCCUUUGGACGAGGACUCUAGGGCUGUCAUCCAAAGGCUCCGGGAGUACCUAUUCCUUGGGGUUCACCAAAUGACCACGACUGAGGCAUUCAUGGAGUUUAGGUCCUGUCUGGAUACGGCCAUGGCGUUGGGUCUGCUUGACUCGGCUCAACUGGACGAGCUACAGGCUCACUUGGCCGAGGGCGAGGAGAUGAUCGGUCGGUAUGCUGAGGCGAACAUAAGGAUGACCGAGGGAUGCUCACUUAAGCAAGAGCUGUCGGCGAUAAAAGACCAAGUCCAACCUGCCAUGGCUCGCUUGAAGGAAAAUGACCUCGUCAUCCAAAGAGAGAAUGAGGAACUUGGGCAGGUCGAGGUUCAUAUUGCCGAUCUCUAG